UGAACUCACUGUAUUCAGUUACACGUACAGCUCUGCAGUGGGUCUCAACUGUUUCAUACCAUCUGUAACAAGUGAGGAACAGCUUAUCAACAUGAAUAAAGGCAAAAUUGAAAACAUUAAAGACAAAAUUGAUGGCAACGAGCUGGAUUUGAGUCUCAGCAAUUUAACAGAAGUGCCAGUCAAGGAGUUGGCCGCCUUUCCGAAGGCAACCUUUUUGGAUCUGUCCUGUAAUAAUUUAAUUACAUUGACUCCUGAAUUCUGUAGCUUGACUCACCUUAUCAAAAUUGACCUGAACAAGAACCAGCUCGUCUGCUUACCAGAAGAAAUCGGACAACUUGUUAAUCUCCAGCAUCUUGAUUUGUACAACAACAAACUAAAAAUGCUUCCUAUCGGCUUCUCACAGCUCAAGAGUCUGAAAUGGCUGGAUCUGAAGGAUAACCCCUUGGAGCCAACACUGGCCAAGGCAGCAGGCGAUUGCUUGGAUGAGAAGCAGUGCAGACAGUGUGCAUCCAGGGUUCUCCAGCACAUGAAGGUACUGCAGGAAGAAGCAGAAAAGGAACUAGAACGUCGAUUACUGAAAGAGAGAGAACAAGAAAAGAAAAAAGAAGCCAAGCAGAGAGAAAAGGAGGCCAGAGAAAAGGAAGCACAGAAGAAGAAAAAAGCAGAAGAAAAAGAGAGGAAGAGAAAGGAGUAUCAAGCCCAGGUCGCUGCAGUUGCUGCUCAAGAACAACAGAAAAAGAAGAAAGAAGAGAAGAAAAAGAAAGCGGCACAAAAUCAAGGUAAAAAGGCAGCUCCAGAAUCUGUGCCCAAAGCCAAGCGCUCCAUCUGCUCCCUGUUCUUCUCUCUUCUCCUCAAACUCGUCCUCCUGGUUGUCAUUGGAGUAUCAAGCGUUGUAGCAGUUUGUCAGUUAACAGAACUGAGGAAGGAAGCGUUCUGUAUCCCGCUCAACGUUCACUUUGAGGAGACGGUGAGGUGGGCUCAGGGUUUGGAUGUUGUGCAGCAAGUCAUUCAGAAAAUGUCUGAUCUCAGAACAUAAGACUGUCUAAAAAAAUUAUCCAUCCUGCCACCGUUCUGAGCCUCUCAGGUGACGCUUUGGGACCAAGUCACAGACCUGUAUGCAGAAAUUCCUAUGGAAUUGUGUUUUCCGUUGCUGCAUCUUUUUUAAAUAUGAUAAUGAUCCAUUUGAUAACUAUGGACCAGUCUGUGAAAAGUCCUGCUUGCGUGUCUAAAACAGAAAAGGAAAAUGGACUUUAAGGAACAGUUGAUAAUGUUUGCAACCUUUGGAGUCUUAUGUAAUGCUGUUUCACAACAUCUUAUAAUAAAACAGUUGAUCGAU